UCCGCAAGCCUACUUUUUUUUGCGAAACCCAUGGAAAUGACAUUGUAUGAACAUUGUACUUGUAAUAAUACCGGCAAUUCCGUUGGGGUGUGUAUCAGUGUACGACGACUCAUUAUGGAUUUUAAACCAAUUAGCAGUGACAAAGCCAGAUUACGAUCAUUUCAGCGGAAGGUGUUGUUUCGGUAUACAGUACCAUGGCCAUUAUCGUCAGCAAAUAUCUAUAUUAUUAUCUUUGUUGAAAGGUUGUGCUUGUGCUGGAGCAAGGCGAAGUUGUGAUUCGGCUAAAGGAUUGUUGUCUUCUAACUACGAUAGACUACCUGCCGAAGACAAACAGGAUCAACUAUGGCAGAAAAUCGCCCGUGAUCCGUAUCGGGAAAAUGAGCUUCCUACGGCUAAUCCCAGCUUCUUCUCCUUGCUCAAUCUAUUUUUUCCGCCAUUUCUCAAGAAAUCCUUCACCCAUGAUGGCGAUGAGAUGCCCAACACCCGGCAGAAGCUGAUUCAUACAUACGGAAGUGUGGCCAAAAUGGAAUUCCGUACCAACCCUAACAUCACCACGUCGUUCACGGGAUUGCUCCGAUCAGGCGCCAUCGGCUUCGUGCGUCUCUCCCUGGCCAGACAGAGUGAGGAUACGUUUAUUCCGGGAAUGGGAGUGAAAUUUUUGAUCGAUGGUAAACCGUCUCUCAACAUGCAUGUGAUGAAUUCGCUGGAAGGGCAAGGGGGAAAUAAAAAUUUCUUUGAACGGACGUUCCGGAAUAUCAUCCCCGCUCCCUCAUCAAUGAAGCUGAAGCUCCUGUCCAAAGCUUUCGCAGUGGCUAUUUGGUUUCUACCGGGCGGCAGAGACGAUCGCCCCGAAUCGGAAACAAAUCUGCCACUUUACGAACAUGCGGCUGUCGAUAAUGAAGGGCGUGCCGUUUCGCCGGUGGUAGCGCCAUACGAAAUCUCGUUCACACCUAAUCCGGAGCUGGCAUGGUCACCGGAUACAACCGAGGAUUUGCGAGUGAAUCUGGGGAAGAUUCCGGUGGGGUCGGUUUUGUAUACGGUUACAGCCAAAAGAGGACUGCGAAUGGAAGCGGAGACCAUUGGCGAAAUUAUUAGCACUAGCCGCUUUGUUGCAUCGCGAUAUGGAGAUGAAAUAUUAUUCUUUCAGCAUGCUAGACACCGUUGGCAAUCAUCGUAGUACAGUUGAACGGCUUGUGCAUCUUAAAGGUUUGCAGUUUACGUAACUACUCACUGAUACUCCUACAGCUGAAAAAACUCAAAAAUGGGUAGUAUCUCUUGUAUGUGAAUUGUGGUAUUAAAAGUUACGCGUUUGGAAGGGCCCUGACUUUUGUAUGUAACCCGCUCCUUUUGCAAAACGAUUGUAUUUUCGAAGCACCAAUUUGUUUCAGAUUUUCAGUUGCAGAUAUUCAAAUACUUAAGUAUAACAAAGAACGCCCGCUG